AUUCAACACCUCGAUUUUAAAGUGCCUCGCAGAAAUUCGGUUCUAGCCGAAUAUCUAAAUCUCUUUCAGCUAGUAAUGACCGCCUAAUAAUAGAAAAAUUUUCUUCUAGUUAGAUACUUUGUUUUUUCACUUUGCUUUUUCACCUUUAUAAUCAAUGACUUACAAACUGAAAUAGAUAAACAAAUCUGACUUUCAUCAUGUCUCUACGUUUCAAUGAUCAACACAUGCAAAAUUAUGCAAAAACUGAUUCAAACGUGGAUAUGGAAGGCAUAUUAUAUAUAGCCGAAAAAAAAUGGAUUGGUAAAGGAGAAAACAAAGUCAAAAGAUAUUUUAAAUUAAAAGGAAAUUUACUGUUCUACUUUAAGAAUGAAAAUCCUGACAGUGAACCUCUAGGUCUCUUUGUUUUGGAAAAUUAUUAUAUAGAAUUAGACAAUGAUGAAGCUAGUGAAUAUUACGCAUUCGUAAUAAAAUUUUCAUACGGAAGCAUGCUUGAAACUGUUAAGCUAUUUACUAGAAUUUCAAAAGAGAGAGAUGAAUGGAUGAAUCGCCUAUUGCAAGCCGGUUGUGAAUACUUAUCACUCCAGAUUGAGGACGCUGAGAGUCGUCUGGAACAGUUCAACCCAAAUAUGGAAAGUUCACUACCGGGUUCAAAAAUUUAUAAUCUCAGAGUAAAAUGUGAAAAUUUACCUCACAAGUUUUCCGAGUUCCCGUCCACUUACCUCACUAUAAUGGCUUUAGACGGAUGCUGGAAAUUUGUAGGCAGAACUGAAACCGUUGAAAAAAGCAUUAGUCCUGUUUACAGGAAACCAAUAGCCAUUCCAGAAAUCCCCUUUGAAAAUAUGUUGAAAUUCACUAUUUAUUCAGUUCGCGAAGAAUUUCAAGAAGUUAAAGUCGAAAUUAGUUUUGCUCUUUUAUCUCUAGAUGAAAUCGAUAAAGAUUUUAGAGAAUUCUCAAUGGAUUGCUCAACUGACUUUCAUUGGGAGGAUAAUAAAACUAAACUAUUCGUUGCCAUGUCGAAAAUAGGAGAAAAUAAUGAAGGAAAGGUUGAAGCCAGCUGUGAUUAUUCGAAUUUCCAGAUAUCAAAUGAAGUUAUCUAUGCUAACCCAAUUUGCGAAACAUUUGACUUUGAAUCAGUUACUGCAACUGACUUUAUGUAUGAAAGUCGAUUAACGUUCAAUCUACCGGCUCUAUAUUUAAAAAGGUUAAUAAGCAAAGAAAACGGAUGUCUAGAAUAUUUGAAACGUAUAGAUAAGGUGGUUUCGUUUGUAUUAGACUGUAUAAUGUCAUCAGUCUCCUGUUAUGAACAGGAAGUUACCAAAUACGAAAAAGAAAAGUCAUUUUUUAAAAAAAGUACUGCCAAAGCCGAUUCAAAUAAAGCAUUUGCUCCAGUCAAUUUACACCUGGAACGUUUGAUGGUCAGGGAAAAUAAUCAUACCGAAUUUUAUGAUAUUUGGACCACUGGUGCCUUCACAGCAUAUUCAAUUGGUUAUGAAAAUGGAGGAUUACUGAGAUUGAUAGAAAAUUUCAAAAAAACUUCAGAGGGACAGGAACUUUUUAAAAUUCAUAAGAGAUAUUUGCUUUCAAAGAAACCUAUAAAUUCCCAAAUAUCCACAACCAAUUCAAACGAUGCAUUUACCCCUAGUGUGUAUGAACUCUUAACAAAUACCGUUGAACAAUUAAAUAGAAUAAGAAGACGUCGCGAUAUUGUAUUCAGCCAGGCACUUACCGCAGCUGUAUCGGCAAUUUAUUCUUGUCUUGUGCUGAAUCCUAAUCGUAAGGAAAUUAUCAAAGAAACCGGAUUCAUAUUAUACUUUGAAAGUUUUCUGACCUGCUUUGGAGAAGAGAAGAGCAUGUUAGAGGACUUUAUUCCCGCUCUAGAAGAUUUAGAAAGAUGUCAUAUUGUAAUUGAGAAAGGUCAAAAGAUUCACUACGAUAUAGAAAUUAAUGACGAUUUUGGCGGAAAUUUAUUAAUUUUAAAUAGUUUAGGAAGGGUCGGUGUUGUUAUAAGAUUCUAUUUGGCGGGAGACUUAUGGGAAAAUUGGAAAGAAUUAAGCGAUAAACUCAUUCCUUUGACUGUAAUUUUCUUUACACUUGGUAUAAACGAGAAAGCUAAAAUUGCAACUAACACGCAACUGCAAAGAGACUGCAAUGAAAUUACCAGGAAGAAAUUAGACACAUUUUACAACACAUAUAAGGGAAUUUUUCCCGAAAAGCUAUAUGAUCUUUUACGACAUUUGCAUUAUUGUAUGGUUAGUGAAGAUGAGUCGAAAUUGAUUAAAAUGUUCUAUUAUGGCAGCCAAAUUACACGAUUAUUGAAAGGUUUACACUUUGUAUCGUGCAAAAGUGGUAAGGAUAGAACAUCAAUGAGAGUAACGCUGAUACAGGCAGAAAUUUUAAAGGAGAUACAUUCCGUUAGCGAUGAUUUUCAAUCUAUAUUGAAUUGUUUAAGAGAACGAGGAUGCCGGAGGAACAAUACCGAAAAAAAUACUGGAGUAGCUAAAUAUGCUUUUAAUCUGAUUCAGGUUCAUUUUCUACCUGAUCUCUAUCAGCCUCCAAGAGGAACUUAUAAGAGUCUUGAAACGUGA